AUGUCGGAAACAGGAGAAUCGUUGGUGGAAAUCGAAUCUUCUCUAGACCGUCUCUCAAAGGAGUUGGAUCAGUUUGAAGGCACAUGGGACACGAAUAUCACCAAAUUGCUUGCCAGUGCCGAACUCUACGAUACGGAACUUCUGUCCGAUGACACGACUCCGGAGAUCUCAGUGACCGGUCAGAUGUUGCUCGGCGAAUUAGGAACCAAAGGAGAGGAAACCCUUACACAAAUGCUCGCUCAUCACAAGUCUUUGCACCAUGGAGUGUCGCAGAUUGGCAAGGAUAUUGACAAAUCGACUCAUCGUGAGAUUGGCGGCCUAAUACGAAACGAGAAAGACAUCGAGCGCGAUCCGAAAUCACAGCGAUUGGUGGAUGGCAUGGUGUGCGACUACCUAAUGACAUGUGGCCAUACAAACAUCGCAGAAAUUCUGGUGAAAGAAGCCGGCCUUGGAGGCCGUAUUGAUGGCUAUCUUGCUAACAGGAAGGUUAUAGAUUGGAUAAUGGAAGCUCUGAAGAACCAGGACAUCGGUCCAGCGGUUGCAUGGUUGAAACAAAACCCUCAUAGCGAUACGAAGCUGCAAUACGAUCUACUGAAACAGCACAUGGUGGCAUUGAUCCAAGAAGGGCGAAGAAUAGAAGCUAUGCAGUUUGGACGCCAGCUAUCCCCAUUCGGCUACGAGCAAGAGACUGCUAAGGUGAUGGGAGCUAUUGUGAUGGGCAAAGACAGGAACGAUCCACGUUACGAAGCGUUGUUCAGCCCACUGGCUUGGCCUGCUUUGGAAUCGCGAAUGUCGGUGGCUUUGGCUCAAAGCGAUACGCGCUUUGCAAAUGUCAUUUUGACGGGAAUGCGUGCUGUCCCAAUCUUGGUGAACCUCAAGCAGGUUAUGGUCAAUCGUCAAGAUCAUCUCUUCAGCGGCGAGGAGCUGCCUGUCGAGGUGAAGAUCGACGAGUAUGUGCACUCUACAUUCACGUGUCCUAUUCUUCGUCAGCAGAGCACAGACAGUAAUCCACCAAUGCGACUCACAUGUGGACACGUGAUAUCUCGGGAGGCUGUCACUAAAUUAUGUAGUAAUCAUAGGAAUAAUCGUUUAAAAUGUCCUUAUUGUCCCGAAGAGUCUCAUCAAAAUGAUGCGAAGCAGGUGUAUUUCUGA